GCCUCUUCAGCCGAACCAACAAACACGACUCCAGGGAGGAAACAUGGCGGCGUCGUUGAUGCGGUUUGUCCGCGGAGGACUUGGAAGGAGUUUUAACAUUGCGAGGAGUUCGUGUCUCCUGCAGCAGCAGACCAGACAGCAGGGAUCCACCACUGAGACCAGCCCCACUGUCCGACCCAAAGAUGCGGUCACUCACAACCAGCUGGCAGCAUUUGGAGAGUAUGUGGCUGAGAUGUUGCCUAAAUAUGUCCAGCAGGUCCAGGUGACCUGUUAUAACGAGCUGGAGGUGAUGAUCCAUCCUGAUGGAGUGAUCCCUGUGCUCACCUUCUUGAGGGACCACACCAACUCUCAGUUUAGAAACAUGAUCGACCUGACGGCUGUCGACAUCCCCACACGGCAGAACCGCUUUGAGAUUGUGUACAACCUGCUCUCACUGCGCUACAACACUCGUCUCCGAGUCAAAACAUACACAGAUGAGUUAACACCAGUAGACUCCGCUGUCCCCGUCCACAAGGCUGCCAACUGGUAUGAGAGGGAGGUGUGGGACAUGUUUGGGGUGUUCUUUGCCAACCAUCCGGACCUGAGGCGCAUUCUGACAGACUACGGCUUUGAGGGUCACCCGUUCAGGAAGGACUUUCCUCUGUCGGGAUAUGUAGAGGUGCGUUACGAUGACGAGUUGAAGCGCGUGGUGGCCGAGCCUGUGGAGCUUGCACAGGAGUUCAGGAAGUUUGACCUGAACACGCCCUGGGAGGUUUUCCCCGCCUACCGAGAGCCCAAAGAGCCGGCGCCCAAACUGGAGGCUGGCGACAAGGCCCCCGAGAAGAAGUGAUGUUCCUCCAGUUCAGCCUGAAAACACUUAGCACCAUUUUCUGUCUGUGUGUCACCCUGGGAGGCCAGACCCUCUACAAUUCAAUAUUUAUGUAAAUAAAAAUGCUAAUAAAAUGGUCUCC